AUGGUAGCGAAGUAUGAAAAUGAAAAUAGUUGUGAAGAAGCAUUAAUUGAUGCAGUAUAUCCAUCAUUAGAGGAAAAUGCUAGAUUGGCACAGUACAUGACAAAUCGUGCAAUCCUGGCAACAAAAAAUGAAUAUGUAAAUAGCUUUAAUGAAAAGAUGAUAAACAUAUUCCCUAGUGAAAGUAACAUUUAUACUAGUUUUGAUGAAGCUGUAGAUGAUGCAAAUAAUUAUUACCAAGAGAAAUUCUUAAACACUUUAUUACCAAAUGAAUUGUCUCCGCAUAAGCUGGAAUUUAAGAUGAAUUGUCCAAUAAUACUGCUAAGGAACCUAGAUCCUUCAAAUGGUCUAUGCAAUGGAACAAUAAUAGUGCAUAUAAGUUUUAAGAAAAAUGUUAUUCAAGCUGCCAAGUCUGACUCUCGUUUGGCAAACAAGAAUCUCCCUCCAGAUAUUGGAGUAACCAUUUCUCGCAGCUUUUCUAUAAUUGUCAUUGAUAUUUAG